GUCCUUGAUGGAUUAUUAACUAACGUGAGCUGAUCUUUAUAGUCUGCCGAAAGCAUCGGAGUGGUUCAUACACUCUGAGAUUUGCAGUGGCACUGGUUAAACUUUCUCAUUCUCCUAUCAGUCGGAGGGAAACUUAUAGCUGAUAGCUGGCUUGGCCGAGCGGAAAGUAACAGAGGACUAAAACAGUGGGCUCUCUGGAUUUUUCUAUUCUUUGUUGAAGGUUUGAAGAGAAACUUUUUAUACGACAGCAGCUGAUUUAAAUAUGCCUCACAGUUGACGGUCUGCAUUUUUCUUGCUGUCUUUGUUGUUAAUAUAGGCUCUUGGUUUAUGUAUAACUAAAGUUGAGGAGAAUUUAAGAAUAAAUUAGAGGGAAGAGCAAGGUUGCACAAUAUAGAAAUCCCUCUGGAUCUAAGCAUUCUUAACGACAGUUUAGAAAAAAGUGUCAGCUCCUUCUGCUGAACUAACCAUGGUUGGUACAGGUGGCCCUGUGGCCACUUUCUCUGUGUGGGAUUAUGUUGUGUUUGCUGCAACAAUUUUGGGGGCAGCCGGCAUCGGCCUUUUCCAAGCCAUUCGAAGCCGUAAGGAGACCAGCAGCGCUGAAUUCUUGCUGGGUGGACGGCAAAUGACAGCUGUGCCGGUUGCCAUGUCGCUCACUGCCAGCUUCAUGUCUGGCAUCACAGUCAUUGGCACACCGACUGAGGCCUACCGGUUUGGAGCCGCCUUCUGGAUCUUUGCCUUCGCCUAUACCAUCAUGUCUACCGUCACUGCUGAGAUCUUUGUCCCGCUUUUCUACAGACUGGGAAUCACCAGCGCCUAUGAGUACCUGGAGUUGCGCUUCAACCGGCUCAUCAGGAUAAUCGGGACAUCAAUGUACAUUGUACAGACGGCCCUGUACACCGGGUUGGUCAUCUACGCUCCAGCUCUAGCACUAAAUCAAAUCACAGGACUUAAUCUAUGGGGAGUGCUGGUGGCUACAGGAGCAGUGUGCAUCCUCUACUGCACGUUGGGCGGACUGAAAGCAGUAAUCUGGACAGACGUGCUGCAGAUGGUGAUCAUGCUGGCAGGUUUUGUGGCUGUUAUAGCUAGAGGAGCCGUACUGCAGGGAGGCCUGACAAAGAUUUGGGAGGAUGCCCGCCAAGGAGGGAGACUAGAGGCGUUUGAUUUUGACCCAGAUCCUCUGAAGCGUCACACUUUCUGGACUAUCGUGGUUGGUGGCAGCAUCAUGUGGGUGUCCAUCUACGCAAUUAACCAGUCCCAGGUGCAACGCUACAUCUCCUGCAAAACCUUGGGACAUGCCAAGAUGUCUUUGUAUGUGAACAUGGUUGGCUUGUGGGUGACUGUGAGCCUGGCUGUGUUUUCUGGCCUCACCAUGUUCUCCAUUUAUAAAAACUGUGACCCAUAUACAAACAGCGAUAUAGGCACACAUGACCAGCUGCUGCCAUACCUCGUGAUGGAUAUUCUGGCAGACUACCCAGGAAUCCCUGGCUUGUUUGUGGCUGCUGCAUACAGUGGCACCCUCAGCACGGUGUCUUCCAGCAUUAAUGCCCUGGUUGCUGUCACUGUGGAAGACUUUAUUCUCCCAGUGUUCAAAAACCUCACAGAGAGACAAGUGACCUGGAUGAACAUGGGCCUGAGUGUAUUCUUUGGUGCCCUGUGUAUUGCAAUGGCUGGGGUUGCUUCAGUGAUGGGCGGCGUUUUGCAGGCAGCCCUGUCUGUAUUCGGCAUGAUCAGCGGGCCUCUUCUUGGUCUUUACCUUUUAGGCAUGCUAUUCCGCACAUCUAAUUCAAUAGGAGGACUUGGGGGAAUGAUCAUUGGUCUGGUGCUGACUCUGUGGGUGGGGAUUGGAGGCCAGAUUUACCCACCCACAGCUGACAAGACAAAUCCUCUACCGCUCAGCACCGUGGGGUGCAGCAUUAAGGACCAAAACUUCACAACGACAGCUCCUUGGACCAGUCCGGUGACUCUGACCGAGCAGCCUGAUGUGAGGCCGCCUCUGGCAGACUCCUGGUAUUCUCUGUCCUACCUCUACUUCUCUCUCCUGGGUACACUGGUCACAAUCGUGUCUGGUCUGCUGCUGAGCAUGAUCACAGGUGGAUGCAAGCAAGAAAAACUUAACCCUGAUCUGUUUGUGAAGAAGAGUGACCUGAUCUGCUUCAGCUCCAGGAGUGAAUCAGAUGUAUCAGACGUCACAGAAAAGGCUGCGACAGACAUUUAUCUGGAAGCUGACAGGUCAACAGUCCCAGACCAUGAAGUGAUGAGUAAAGAUGUUGAAAAAGCCACCAAGCUGUGAUGCUGCGACAUCAAUAUACUGUAUCGUGGAGAGACCUUUUUUUUCAACGGACAUAAAUGACAAGCUGCGAUUAUUGCGAUGCUGCAUCCAUGUGAUGUAUAUGAUCUGCAAAAACAAAUAACUUUAACUCCAUUUCCAGUAUGUGCUCAUUUGUGUUGAUAUGGGUUAUGAUGUGUUGUUCCCCACUGUCACAGAGCUGCUCCCGUUUCCUGUUAAGCACCGAUGUUGCAACUUUACUUUUAUUGCCCUUUAUUUAAUUGUUCUCCCUGAUAGCAGCUGAUAACUUCAUAUUGUCUGCCUGAACACUGUCCUUCAUUUAAUGCUGACAGAGACAGGCACAUUGGAAUAUGGUUUGAUAUUUCACAAUAUGUAUGAUGGCAUUACUGUAUUUGUUUAACACCUGGUUAUUUUUAUAUGAAAAUUGUGCACUCUUUAUGAACAGUCUGUGUAAAUUAGUCACAAAUUCUACUUGAUAAUAAACAUUUUGUACAAAGUUCAA